UUUAUUCCAGGUCGUUGAAUCUAUUUACACGACUUCGGGUUGAAAAAUGCCCAAGACGGAACCCAACAGGGACCAUAUUCAUAAGAACAUGACCCACAAUGGUGAAAGUUUCAAUAUAAUGGAGGCGAUUACAACUUCAUUUCGGAAAAGAAAAUCGAUAAUUAUAUCAAAGUGUUGUGCAUUAAUUUUAUGUUGUGCUUUUUUGGUCUCUCUGGUGGCGACCGGAUUGAUUGUUUACAGUGCCGUAUCUUGUGAAAGCGCCGAUAGAAACAUAGUAAGAAUUCUGGAGAAUCCCAGCAGUCGCAAAUCAUCGCCAGUCAGGGAAACUGAACCAACAACUUCAAAAACAACAACAACUUUGGACUCCCUUACAAGCAGUAUUGAAAUUUCUACCUUAUUUACUACCAUUUCUCCAACCAGUAUUCAAACUACUUCUAAAACAGAUGGUUUAACAUCUAGGCAAUUAGAUGUGAGAUUGCCGAAAGACGUUGUUCCCCGUUCUUACGAAAUAAAAUUGAUCCCGUAUAUGCUAGAAGGAAAUUUUACGUUUCAGGGGGAAGUAUCGAUACUAUUGAAUAUUAUAUAUGAUACAUACAGUAUAACAUUACAUUCUGAUGAUUUGGUGGUUCGAAACGUGCUAGUAUACAGUGCUGUCAAUAAACCGUACAGAAACGAAAAAAACAUUCCUGUUAAAAUCGUUAAUUUCGAUCGUAAGCGUCAGUUUGUCAUAAUCGAACUGAACGAAAAAUUACAAGCUGGCAUCGAGUACUAUUUAGAAAUUCAGUAUACAGGGGAGUUGAAAGAUGUCUUACAAGGAAUUUACAGAAGUUCGUACACGGCAAAUAACAAAACAUGGUGGAUUGCUGCCACACAAUUUCAGCCCACAGACGCACGAAGAGCUUUUCCGUGUUUUGAUGAGCCAGCUUUGAAAGCUCGAUUUAAAAUCAGCAUCGCCAGACCGAGAAACAUGAAUUCGAUUUCGAACAUGCCCAAGUUGGGAAGUAAAUCUGAUAUAGUUGUUGGCAUGCCUGGGUAUGAGUGGGAUCACUUUGAGGAAUCACUUCCAAUGUCCACGUAUUUGGUAGCAUUUGUUAUAUCCAAUUUUGAGAAAAUAAGCGAUGGGAAUUUUUCCGUGUGGGCCAGGAAGGAAGCCUUACUUCAAGCCAGAUAUAGUCUUGAAAUUGGACCGAAGAUUUUACGUUUUUACGAAAAUUACUUCAAAAUUAAAUUUCCUCUUCCAAAGAUCGAUAUGAUUGCGCUGCCUGAUUUCUCAGCGGGUGCAAUGGAAAACUGGGGUCUAAUAACUUACAGAGAAACGGCAAUGUUGUAUUUAGAAGGUGUCUCGGAUAAAGCAACUUUGCAGCGAGUUGCUACUGUGAUCUCUCACGAACUGGCCCAUCAAUGGUUCGGAAAUUUAGUGACACCGAAAUGGUGGACGGAUUUAUGGCUAAAUGAAGGAUUUGCCAGUUACAUGGAAUACAUUGGUACCAAUGCUAUUUACCCUGAAUGGAACGUUUUGGACCAAUUUGUGGUUUACGAACUUCAAAGUGUAUUUUCUUUGGACGCUCUAAAAUCAUCACAUGAGAUAUCCGUAGAAGUUAACAAUCCCACAGAGAUUAAUGAUAUUUUUGACCGGAUAUCAUAUGCAAAAGGAGCCACAAUUAUCCGGAUGAUGGACAAUUUUCUCACAACAGAAGUAUUUCAAAGAGGUUUGACGAAAUAUCUUAAAGCGAGGCUUUUUGGUAAUGCCGAGCAAGACGAUCUGUGGGCAGCGUUGACUUUAGAAGCCCACGAGAGCAAAGUUUUGGACUUAAACACCACCGUCAAAGAAAUAAUGGACACGUGGACUCUGCAAACUGGAUUCCCGAUAGUUACUGUCGAGAGAGAUUACAAAAACAAACGGUUUACCUGUAAACAAAGAAGAUUUUUCAUUGACAACAGACUUUAUUCUAAUGAUACCAGUAAUGGAUCGAAGUGGUGGAUUCCCCUCACUUAUGAAUAUAAAACUGACGAUGUUAUGAGGUCAGCUUGGCUCCGUGCGGAACCCGAAAUUGUUUUAAAAGACAAGUACCCUGAGGAUUGGCUUUUGGUCAAUGUCAAUCAGACGGGUUACUACAGGGUAAAUUACGACAAGAGAAAUUGGGAACUGCUGUUGUCGCAGCUUAUGAAUGAAAAGGAGUACGUUAAAAUUCCGACAGCGAACAGGGCACAAAUUCUCGACGACGUAAUGAACUUGGCGGUCUCGGGGGAUUUAGAUUACGACUUAGCUCUGAACAUUACGGUGUAUCUCAAGCACGAAAAGGACUACGUACCAUGGAAAGCUGCCCUAACAGCACUGGAAUAUAUUGAAGAAAUGGUCAUUCGUACUGCGGACUUUGAACACUACAAGAAUUACAUGCUUGAUUUAACGGAAAAACUUUAUCACGAGAUCGGAUUUAAAGAAAAGCCGACGGAUUCUCAGUUGACAAUUUACACCCGAUUCGCUUUAUUGUGGCGGGUGUGUCUCCUAGGAAACCUGGACUGUGUCAGGAACGCCGUGAUCCAAUUUCAAAACUGGAGAAUGAGUCCCGAUCCUGAUCGACAUAAUCCAAUAUCACCGAAUAUAAAGAGUUUGGUAUACUGCACUGCUAUUCGGGUUGGAGGACAGGAAGAAUGGGAUUUUGCAUGGAAGCGAUACGCUGCAUCAGAGGUCGGCUCCGACAAGGAGAUUCUCCUGACAGCGCUGGGCUGCUCCCGGGAAAUCUGGCUAUUGAGUAGAUAUCUCCACUGGGCAGUAACAGAAAAUUCAGGGAUUAGAAAGCAGGAUUCAGCGAGAGUCUUUUCAGCGGUUGCCAAUAAUCCUGUCGGUCAGGAUUUGGCUUUUAGAUUUCUAAAAGAGAACUGGCUGAAAAUUAGGGAUUAUGUUGGAUCUUCUAUAAUGCUACUUAAUGCCAUAAUCAGAAGCUGCACAUCGAAGUCUAGCACUCGCUUAGAAAUAGAAGAGAUGGAGAGAUUUGCGAAGAUAAUGGAAGAAGACGUAGUGACCAGGACUAUUCAGCAAGCCAUUGAACAGGCAGAAGCCAACGUGAAUUGGAAAAAGAGAAAUUUCGAGAAGAUAGUGAAGUGGUUGAAAAAUUAUUCUGGUAAUGUACACGCAAAUCGGACUUAACAUAAUCUAUAAUUAAAUUUUUUAAGUUUAAUUUAAAGUAUCGUUGUCGCCAAGUACUUAGAAGGAUUGCUAUUAUUAAAAAGUGAAAACCAAUGGUCAUUAUUUGGUACCUACCUAUCUUAAAGGGUACAGACGCAUUUAUAAGUGGUAUUUGAUAGUAAAUUAUUGAUUAUUUUUCGAGAAAUAAUGCCAAUUACUUACUUACUGGAACAUUUAUCUAUUAAGAGGAAUUGGUUCUUGGCGACAAUUUCAUUGUCCUUAUAGAUCUCUUAUUAGAAGUACAAAAGCAUUUAUUGACUUACAGUUAGUUAUGUACUUAUGUAACAUCACUUACUUCAAUUACUUAAAAAUAAUUAAUUAGUAAUUGUCACCAUAGUUUUAUAUUAUUAAAAAUAUUGAAAACAGCUGUGCACAAAAUAACGGCAUUGACGAAAAGUAAAAACGAUUUGAA